UUUGAAACAUUGACGUUGCGCGGCGGUGUGAACGGCGAAGGCGACAACGGCAGCGUUGGCGGUGGCGGUGGCGUGAAUGUGGACAGCGUUGACGUUGAUGCUGAAGUCGGAGGCAUUAAUGGUGGUGUGGGCAUAUUGAAUGCGGGUAACCGUUUGGAAUGCGUGAGCGGUAGUAUUGCUGGUGGUGGUCAGAAAUAUAUGCGUACGGGUUUGAUCAGCACAAUGCCGAAGAAACAACAGUUGCAGCAGCAACAAAAGCAACAACAGCACCUUGGCAUCGGCGGCACAAUGUUGGCAACAACGAAGCCCAAGUACAGCUUAACGCUGCUGAAUGUGAAAAAUCAUCAACACAAUAACAAUAAUAGCAGCAAUAUUAAUAAUAACAAUAACAACAACCACAACGGCAGCAUGGGUAGCGCUGUUGGCAACUGUCAGUUGCAUCCGCACCGCAAAUCACCACAUCCGCAUCUUCAGCCACAAUACGCUUACUACCAACAACAGCAGCAACAGCAGCAACAACAACAACAACAGUUGCUGCAACAUCAGCACUUACCACAAAGCAAACGCGAACAGCAGCGGCAACAAUUGUCGCAAUCAUACUAUCACCCGCCACCGCCGCCACGUCAUCAGUUACGUGUUUUGCGGCUAUCGUCGGCACCCACGGGCGCGCCCGAAGUCACAACAUCAACAAAAGCAACAGCAAAUGCUGCAGCACGACGUGGCGAUGGCGGCGUUUCUGCUAGUGCAGGCGGUGCUGGUGAUAGAAGUAGCGGUGAAUUCACAACACGCAACUCUACACACUUAGAGCAGUCGCUGGCGUUGACACCCACCACGCCCACUGCUGCAACAACAACAACAACAAAUACCAACGAUUGUAAUAAACAUUUGGUUGGCACAAACUCAGUGGCGUGUGAUGAUAAUAGCAGUGAUGAUACAUCGGCAACACCGGUAAGAGAUGCAGCUGCCGUCACAUUAACAGCAAAAACAGCAACAACAACAAGAGCAACAACGCCAGUAGGCGAAACACCGACCGCGGGCGCAAUGUCAAAUGUUUUACAUGGCGGAAAAGAGCAACAACAACAAUUAUUACAAUUACAACAACAAAAAGCAAAUAGGCUGUGGUAUCAUUGAUGAAAAACCAAUAGAUUUGAGCGCUUAUCUCUCUUUCUAAGCAAAGGCAGCAGAUUGAAAGCAAUACGCCAGUGAAUUCUACGAUUAGUACAUAGCACACAUAGACAGUUCUUUUAAAACAUCACAUACCAUAGAUCAAAAAACGCGGCAGUGUAGGCAAAGGAUACACAGAAAAAAUGGCUACAAAAGCAAAAAACAUGUAAGUUAUAAGCCGAAACGAAUAGAAUACUUGAAGACACCGACAAAAAACAAAAAACUAAACGAACUGCAGCAAGAAAAAAGUACGUACAACAACAAAGCAACAAAUAAAGAAAAUGCGUGCGAAAAGCGGAGAAGCAAAUUCUGUAGAGAACAAACGCCCACUGAACAAAAAAGAAACCAAAACAACACACAAGCAAAUAUGUAACGUAGCUCAAAACCGUUAGAAACCAAAAAUCAGCAGAAGAAAAAAUAGCACGAAAACGAAAAAGUACGGUUAGAAGCGCAAAAGUGAAUUAAAACUGAAAUGCCAACGAAAUUGAAGAAUUACGCCUAGAAAGUAGCCAGCAAAGCAAAUAAGUAAGUGAUGCACUGAGAGAAAUUGCAAAAGCAAUCACAAAAGUGCAUGAGAACAUGAGAGCGUAUAGCGAAAGCUGUACGAAAACGAAAUGGCAAACGAAAAAUUUACUUGUAAAUAUUUAGUAGCAAACAGAGUCGUGAGUAAUUUGUAGAUUAAAAAAAAAGAAGAAGAAAAUAUUUGAAAAUGUAAAAUGAAAAUAUUAGCAAUAUUUGAACGACUCGCUCGCUUUUUGGUUGCACACUUUUUGUUACAAACUGAUUUCGUUUUAGCUAAAUUUUAACGAGCAUAAGAUACUACCGAAUUUAAGAGCAGUAAAUGAGUAAAAACAUGUUAAGCAUAAAUAAUUAAUGCAAGUAAUCAGUAAAGUAAAAGUAUUUAAGAUGCAGUAAUUGAAAAAAAUAAAAGCAAAAAUGAAAACCAAGUGAUUUAGCGCACUCAAACACUAUUACAGGUAAGAUUUUAGAUAAUACUAUACACCAAACGGCAUACAUAAAGAAAUAUACGUAUAUACACUGAAGCGCGUAAUAAAAGCAGCAAUGUUGAAAGUUAAUAGAAAAGGCAUUAAAAGCAAUUUUAAACGAUUGAAACUGAAAAUUGUAAGAAAUUCCCAACAAAAAAAAAAUAAUAAUGAAUAAAAAUACUUUCAAAAAACGAGAAAUUACCUACACCGCGACAACAACUGAGAACCGACUUAAAACCGAAAUUAUUCUUGAAAUUGUACGCAUUGAUAUCAUUUUGACCCACUCAAACUCAUUUUCAUUUACUUAAAUAUGUAUUUUUUGAAGAAUUGGCAACUCUACUCAGCUACUGACGUACUAGACCUGCUCCGUGAUCAUGUAAUACUGUAAGUUUCUGUCGAAUUCUGAAGCUUCAACUGCAUUUUUUCUUCAAAAACUCAAAAAAUAUAUGUCCAUAAAGCAAAAAAAAUUUUACCAAAAAUUAAAAAAUAUAAAAAAAAGUUUUAAACAUUUUUGAACUGAAAAAAAAAAAAAAUAUUCACAAAGUCAAAAAAAAAACAAAUUUUCUAAAAUUACCAAUAAAUUUUCAGGAUUUAAAAAUUUUCUAAAAUUUGGUUUUCAAAUUAUUUAUUGAAGUGCGAAAUUAUGUUUUUCUUACCCUUUAUCUAGUAAUUUAAAAUACAAAUUCCAAAUUUUCGAAUAAACUUUAGUGUCUGGUUCUUGGAAUUUAACUAAAAGUUUCCAAUUUUUCAAAUCUUAUUCAGGCUUAUCUCAUUUUUCGCUGAAAAUUUUAAAUCUGAAAUUUUGAAACUCUACAAAAAAGUCUCCAAAUGUUUUUUACAUUGUUAGCAAGCUUAGCAUUAAGCUCCGAAACAAAAAACUAAAAAGAAAAUAAGAUUAAAAGUUUUCGAAUAAAGUAUAGUAUUUGGUUCUUGGAAUUUGACUAAAAAUUUCCAAUCUUUCAAUACUUAUUCAGACUUAUCUUAUUUUUCACUGAAAAAUUUAAAUAUGAAAUUUUGAAACUCUCCAAAAAAGUCUCCAAAUAUUUUUUACAUUGUUAGCAAGCUUAACAUAAAGCUCCAAAACAAAAAUCUAAAAAGAUAAUUAGAUUCAAAAUUUUAGCUAAGCAUUUUCUUCCUCGAAUUUAACUAACAAUAUUGUACUCAUUUUAAUAUGUCUACCAAUUUAAAAUUUUUAAAUUUUCUAUCUCAGUUUUUGCUGAAAACAAAAAUCACAAAUUUUGAAAUUCUCCAAAAAAGUCUCCAUUUUUUGUUAAUAUUAUUAACAAACUGGGCAUGGAGCUGCGAAACUAAAACUGCUUUUAGAAAGUUAUACUGUAUUCAAAAUUGAAGACAAAUUUUUAAAAUUGGAAACAAAAUUUUGAAACUCUUCACAAAAAGUCUCCAAUUCAAAACUGUUUAUCAGAAGCUGUGAUUUAAAAACUAGUUUCAGCAAGUUAUAUAGUAUUCGAAAUUGCAGAUAUUGGUUUUGAAUUUCAGAAUGGUUGUCAAAUGUUUUCAAACUCUACAAAAACUUUUUCAAAAUUUUCAAAAUUUAUUUUAGUGAAUUCUUUUCAAAAUGUUCAGAUUUUUUUGAAACCUUAAAGCUUAAAAUCGCAAAAAUAGCCAAAAGGUCUACAAAAAUUUUGUUCGUCGAAACACGUUUUCGAAAAUCGUACAUCAUUCACCAGAAAAUUAUAGGUUAUUAGAGGCAAAAAUUUUUCUAUUUGGUGUUUGAAUAAAAUGCGUACACAGUGCAUAUAUAAAUGUUUAAUACCCAAUCUUCAAACCCGGUCAGUUGUUCGAAAUAAAAAAUCACCUUAAAAUAUUCAAAAUCGUUCGUUGAAAAAGAUUAUACGCGAAAAUUAGUAGAUAAGGUUGUAUAUUUCCUGUAUUUACAAGUCACUUUUUAUAUAAAACGAUCUCUUGCACUGUAUAUAGACCUAACAUAUAUACAUACAUUUGUACAUCUGACUACACUGAAGAAAAUUAGCACUUACAAACUACUUAGAAAACGCAUGCUAAACUGUCUGAAAAUACCUUUGAGAGUGUCCUUGCUGCAUUAGAGCCCCUUAACGUACAUACAUACAUAUAAACUAUAUAUAACUGUAAACGCAAGUAUACAGAAGUUGCAAAAUAACAAAAGACUAAAAAAUUCGCACACACUGAGAAAAUUUGCAAAGUUUCCUUUCCGUAUACAUUUGACACACACUGUACAUAAUUAAAGAAUAAGCGCCGUAAAGUAAAGUUAAGAGAAUAAGACGCUUCAGCUAUUGUUAGAAACGAGAAAAAAAUUAUUAAGCAUACAGUGCGUACGAAAAGUACCCAGGUUAUGUUUUCAUCAAUGAUUUGUGAUUAAAAAAUUAUAAAAAAAUAAAAAAAAAAUAUUUGAAAAAUUAAAACUGAAAUUAUUAAUUUAAAUCAAUAUUUUGUUUAGAACUGUAUUUGUAACAUAGUUAUUGGCGUUUAAGUUUUUUACCUUUGGUCUGACAUACUUUUUAUUAAAUAUUUUUUAUUGUUACUUUUUAUGAAACUUAUAUAAUUAAUAAAUAAGCAGUAAGUAUGAGUUUUAAGUUGAGCGUGUUUCGCGAGUAUAAAAAUUGAGCAUGUUCCUUUGCUUUCAACAGCAGGAAAAAAGAUAAAAAAUAUUGCGCAAAUUUUCGAAUAAUGUGGCAACACCACUGAAUUUAAAUGCGCUUUGUAAAAAAGCAUCUGUAGUUUGAGCAUUUAAGCGUAGCGACAAGCUUAAUAUUAAGUGAAUUUUUACAUAAUUAUAGACAAAAGGAAAGUAGCAAAAACAAUAGAUUUGAUUUAAGUGAAAGUCAUGAAAUAUUUUAACGCUGAAAUAGUAAAAGUAAUAGGUUUAAAAAUAUGAACUGAGUGCUUGCAAAAAGCUGACAACUGUACAUCAUAGACUAAAAUGAAACAGUUCACGGAGAGUUUUCACACAUAAACACGCAGAAGCAGUAAUACAGUAUGCUAGAAAAGACGUAGGCUUAGGCUUACAGUAGAACAAAAUCGGUAAAUAAGCAAUUAGAAAAUCAGUUGUAAGUGUAGAUUUUUAACAGGCGUACGUAAGUAAUUUUAAAUAACAAUAGAAAUAUUUACAAUGUGGCAACAUGGUUUGCAGCAUGUUUAGCAAUGCGGGAGUUUAACAUUUUAAAUUUAUUUAAUGUGAGAGAAAUUUUUCGAAGAUUUUUCAAACCAAACUGGAAAUCAUUUUUAAUUUCUUUAAUUUUUAACUUUGUUUUUCUUUAUAGAAAACUAUUAAAGAUAUCAAUUUUUUAUACAAAACAAAUUUUUUUUUUGUUUCUAUAUAAAUUUGAAACUCUACACAACUUUUUUCUUAAAAAAUUGCAAGCAUUUAAAAAAAAUUAGUUACAGCACUAGUUGAAAUGAUAAUUGAAUUCAAAAAAUUGUAACUCUACAAAAUUUUUUGAACUCUCCAAUUAACGAAAUAAGCCGAAAUAGAAUACGACACACCGAAAA